AUGGCUCAACCUCUCCCUGAGACGAUGCGCGCCCUAGUCUGCGACGGGCUCGGCCAGCCUCUGGUUGUCAAGACGGUGCCCACUCCCCAGCCCACGAUGGGAAGCGUCGUUGUGAGGGUGCUGUGUGUCCAGUCUCAGCGCAGUCUGCAGACCAUUUUGAGCGGGAAGACGCCCUUCACCUUCCCCCAGCCCAUGACCCCGGGGAACACGGGCAUCGGGCGCGUGGCCGCCGUCGGGCCAGACACCACGAGCCUCGCCGUCGGGCAGCUCGUCAUGCUCGACACCUUCAUCCGCGCGCGCGACGACCCGGGCCUGCAGAUCCUCUGGGGCUUCUGGGACGGGCCCUCGCCCGCGUCCAGGAGGUUCGCGGCCGAGAACUGGUCCAUGGGGUCGUACGCCGAGUUCGUGCGCGCCCCGCUCGAGAACACCUGGGCCCUGGACGAGACGCGGCUGUGCGGCGGACCCGCUGACGGCGGCCUGGGCUAUACCCUCGAGGACCUGGCCGUGAUCCCCGAGGCGCUGGUGCCCUACGGCGGCCUGCGCAGCCUCGCCCUGCAGGCCGGCGAGACGGUCGUCGUGGCGCCGGCCACGGGCGGCUUCAGCGGCGCCGCCGUCAACGUGGCCCGCGCCAUGGGCGCCACGGUGCUGGCCAUGGGCCGCAACACCGCCGUGCUGGAGCGUCUCGCCUCCCGCUCCUCCCCGCAAGGCGCCGUGCGCCCCGUGCCCAACACGGGCGACACGCAGGCCGACGCGGCGGCGCUGCGCGCGGCGGCGGCGGGGGCCAUCCACGCUUACCUCGACUUCUCGCCUCCUCAGGCCGCCGCCUCGACCCAUUUGCGCAGCUGCUUCCUGGCGUUGGGCCAGUACGGCCGGGCGGUGAUGAUGGGGCUGCUCUCGUCGGACCUGCCCGUGUCGUAUUUGCGCUUUGGCUUGCAGAACCAGACCAUCCGGGGCCAGUUCAUGUACGAGCGGGCAGACGUCCGGGGGCUCAUCCAGCUGGUGGAGAAGGGCAUGCUCCGGCUCGGCGCCGGAGGUGGGUACGAGCUCCGGGGGAAGUACAAGUUGGAGGACAUCGACGAAUGCUUCCGCGCCACGGCGGCCGGCUCAGAAGCCGGUCAGUUUGUGCUGAUCACACCGUGA